GUCACUCAGCCGCGACGCAGGCUACUUGUCGGUUUGUAUCAAGUAGGACGAGCGAUUGGUCGUGGAAACUUUGCCACCGUCCGAUUAGCUAGACAUGAGAUCGCAAAAACGAAGGUUGCAUUGAAAAUAGUGGAUAGGACAGCGCUUGAUGAAGAAAAUUUGAUACGAUUGGAACGUGAAAUGCAAAUAUUAACACGUGUAAAUCAUCCUCACAUAGUGAAACUAUAUGAGAUAAUGAGGACCGAAUCGUUUAUUUAUAUAGUAACUCAAUAUUGUAGUGGUGGUGAAUUAUUUGAGAUUCUAAUAGAACGUGGUAGGACGGCUGAGGAUGAAGCGCGGCGAUGGUUCGGGCAAAUCGCGUCCGCUGUUGCAUAUCUGCAUCAUAAGGGCAUAGUACACCGUGAUUUGAAAGCUGAGAACAUCCUAUUGGAUAAGAAUAGCAAUAUCAAAAUCAUUGAUUUUGGUUUUUCCAAUACCCAAGCACCGUCGCAGUUAUUACGGACGUGGUGUGGCUCUCCCCCUUAUGCUGCUCCAGAACUUUUAUUAGGUAAAGAAUACGAUGGUUUAAAAGCCGACAUUUGGUCCCUUGGUGUCAUUUUGUACAUUCUCGUCACGGGUGGCUUCCCGUUUCCUGGCGACAACGUCGAAAAUCUGAAACGGGCGGUGUUGUCAUGUCAAAUGAAGAUCCCGUACUGGGUGUCUGUCGAAUGUGCCGAUUUGAUUAAGAAAAUGUUAGUGUUCAAUCCGUUCAAACGAUGUGGUAUCAACGCUGUCAUGCAGCAUCGGUCAACUCACUUAAUGGUCAAGAAUAGUAUGCUGGCAUCGGCUGCAUCAAUGCCCGAACGUCGAUCGUUAAAGUUGAAUCCAACGAUUUUGUUAUUUAUGCAGCAGUAUGGGCGAUGGACGGAGGAACAAAUAGUUGAUGAGGUUCUGAAGCAGAACUUCGAAAGCUCAAUUUUCGCUACUUAUGAGUUACUAUGCGAUAAAGUCGGAAAGAAUUCGUUGGAAGGAACUAGUGAUGAUCAUCCCAGACGUGGAUCCCGUGGAUCAAUUCUCAGUGGAAAAGCUAAUGUGGAACCAGAAUCUGUUACUCCUACGAUCUCCGCCCAUCACCUCGCUCAGUUGAACUUAUCAACAAGUUUUGAAUGUGACUCUGACGAUUCAUCCACUUCCGACAUUUGUGAAGAUUCGCCAUCGAGUUCUAGUCGAAAUCGAGCUCAUGGACGAUGCCAGUUCGGUGUCGCAAUGAAACAAGAAGAAGGCAAUCGUAACGAGCAUAGGAGGCAUACGUUAUGUGCAAGUGAACAAAUUUUGUCACCAGACAUGAUGGCGCAACUUCCUAUCGCGCUCAACCACUCGGCGUUAACCGAUAUGGCUGUCAGUCCGGGUGGAACAAACCUCGUGACCUCGCCUCAACUGCCUUUGUUUCCAGGCCUGCCACUUUUGCCGAUUCUAGACUAUACACGAAUGCUGCCUGUUCCAAAUAGUGAACGACGCGCCUCUGCUGGAGAAAAUCUACUGAAUCCGGGUGCUAUGGAUAACUUGAAUCACAGUGUCCAAUCUACUCCAACGGGUAAUGUCUCUGCGAGUGUUGAGGAAGAAGGAGAAGGCUAUCUAAGUAAGUAUGCCGGAAAAAGAAAUACCGUGCAUGGUGCAUCAUCCCCCUUCGGGCCUUCGUCUCCAGUACCACGACAUAGUCCGUACACGAAAGCGUCAUCCACGGAAAGGCGCAGUAGUUGGGCUUCACCUGCAAUCACAGCCCAACAGCACCAGCAAUUAGAACGGCUGUACCGACAAGCGAUAUCCAGCUCAGGUUGGUCAGACUAUCAAUUUGUCAAUAUACAUAUUUGUCGGCACUGCUGCUCUAUUACGGGAGGUUUUCUAUCACCAUUUGGUUGUCCUCGUAUCUCCAUCACUGAUGAGCACAAUCGAAGUCUCGCCCCAGGUUCCAGUCUAUUCGACCCGGUUAAUUUAUUCGAACAAAAGGUGAACGAGGUGGUUUUUGGUCAACGACCAGCUACAGUCAUCGGAUUCGCUUCAACGUCAAAGUCAGGGACCUCUUCACCUGAACAAAACAUCAAAUUAGAUGAUAAGGAAAGUAUGGAAGACAGAGUGAAGAGUUUCGUCUCCACUCUUCCCCUUGUCGAUGUAGUGCAAGAAUUAAAAAAUUGUUUGAACGAAAUGCAAAUCCGUUUUGAGGAGACGAACGAAGUUGUAUAUAUGGAUCAGGAAAUGCGUCGUUUAUCACUUUCAACCGGCGUCGAAAUUGGUUGUGCUACGUUGCCACCAGAACAAAAAUCGCAUGUUGAAUUUGCGAUAGUUGCCGGAGAUUCGCCGACGAGUGAAUUACUUUGUGACGAAUUAAUCUCAAGGCUGAGAACUUUAGACCCAACUGCAUCAUCCGAAUAA